CGCCUGACAACAAACCGUGCGUACCUAUCCGUAAAAUCCCGCCCAUUCAGUCGCCACCACACUACUGUAGCAAUCUAUGUGUAGCAACAACGGUUAGCUAAAUUAGCUUAGCGCUGUUGUUGAGGUUGGAAGAUAAUAGUUAAAAGUUAAUCCGUCCGUAUUCUUUAUGAGCAUUACAAAACGCGGUCUGACAACGGUAACAGAGCUGUAACGUUAGGGGUAGAACUUAAAUCCAGGAUGUGCUCCGUUGUCGGAUGUGAUUCGGGGCGUCGCAGUGCGCAACGGUUUAAGUUACCGGAGGACCCAGAGAGGAGACUGGAGUGGGUUCAGUUUCUCGCUACAGUCAACAUGCAGCGGUUUAAAGAAGCGUCCUGGACAGACAUUAGAAUUUGUAGCGAACACUUUAAAGGCGACUGUUUUAACAACAUGUCACCGAGCCAUUCAGGUUUUACUGACAAGGACCAGCUAACGUUAAAUCCCAAUGCUGUCCCAUCACUGUGUCUCAAGUCCGAGUCAGAGGAACCUGAGACACAUCUGCAGAGCCCAACAUGUGUGGAGCCUGAGGAAACCACAGAAGUUGCUUAUCAGCAUGAUCAACUUAAAACAUGUGAUGGCCCAACUUCCUUUCCUGAAGAAUCAAGACUGACUUCAACGGCUUCUGAAGGAAGCCCAGUCCCAAGAGGUGUCUCAUCCUCAACUGAUUCCUCAGAUGGUUUUUUUAUAUCCAUAUAUCGUCAGCUGCAACCAACAAAUACGAAUUUGGAUUUGAUGAAAGAAAAAGCAUCACUUCUGCAGACGAAAGGGAAGUAUGUCGUUAAUGAAAAACGCCUCCUCCAGUUGUUCAGCCACAAGUGCCCGUCAUGUGGUUCUAAAGUAAAGAUGGAGAAGGUCACCCAUGGGGUGCUCAUCAUCUUGAACCAACAGUGCCUUCAGUGUGACUACAGAAACCAAUGGAAAAGCCAAGUCACUACCAGUGUCCCAACAGCUGAAGACCAAUGCCUGACAGAAGUAGUAGAAGUAGACCUAACUCCAGAGACCCAACAGGCAGUGUCAACAGAUGACAACCCCAGCACUAUCGCAGGAGUCCCUGAGAUUGUUGCUGUUAUUGAUGACAAAAGUGAUGCCAUGGCUGAAUCAGGGGAAUCGAGUAAUCAGGGUGACAUGGAUUCAGACGAGGAUUGGAAGCCAAAGAAUUUGGUGCUGGCUAAAAUGCUCAAAAAUACCCAUGAUGACAAAACUAAAGAGAAAGAAGAUUAUGCUUUUCCUCCACUUGUCCCCAAACAAGGUCAGCUCUGCACAGAGUGUGGAAAGUUUUUUAAUAAACAGAGGCCUCACACAUGUGAGCACAAAAUUAAACCCUAUUCUUGCAAUAUUUGUGGUAAGAGAUGUGUUAGCAAGUUCACGCUAAAUACUCACAGCAGAAUCCACAGUGAAAACUAUGAGCAUCGGUGCAAAUACUGCCACGUUACAUUCAAAACAAAGGUGGACAAGAUCAGUCACGAGCAGAUCCACCUAACUGAAGGAAAGCCCUAUAAAUGUCCCGAAUGUUCAGAGACAUUUGCCAAAAAUAAGGAACGCAGAAUCCACCUGGAGGAUCACAGAGGCCCCCCACAGUUGAAGUGUUACUUCUGUGGGAUUGAAUUCCUCUGGCCACUUAAUCUCCAGAGACACUUGGCGGUGCACACAGGAGAGAAGCCGUUCAAGUGUUCAGUGUGCCAACGUGGCUUCAGCCAGCCAAGCCACCUGAAAUCCCACAUGCGUCUGCACACAGGGGAGAGGCCUUUUAAAUGUCAGCACUGUGACAAAAGCUUCAAUCACAACGUGAGCUUGAAGAGUCACGUCCAGCGUUACCACCCAUCGAGCUCUGAACGUGAACAGAAUAUAGAAAAGAUAAACGAAAGGGCAAGUGACGCUGGCGAUGUUCAGGAUAAUGGAAGUAACGGAGGUGCAGUAUCAGGACUUGACAAUGUAGAGGAAGAAGGCGACACGGAAGAGGAGGAGGGAAUAUAUAGACCUAAAAAAAAAAGGAAAAGCACAGGUAGGCCCAUAGGAAGGCCUAAGAGCUAUGAAUCGCGCAACCUCGUAGAAGGCAAGUGUUCAAACACCAAGACUGGAAAUCUACAAGAAUGCAGCGAUGAAGAAAGUCAGUUAGAGCCGAGGUACCGUGACGCAUCCUUUGAUCCAGCAGAAGAGGAAGAGGAGAGCAGCAAGAAGGCGAUAAAGGCCGCCGCGAGAUCGAGGGGAAGAGCGAAACAUCCUGAUAGUGACUCCGAUUUUGAUCCUGAAGAAAAAAAGACAAAGAGGUACAGCAGCCAGAGCAGUGGUAACAGCUCUGGGAAGCGUAGGGGAAGACCAAGGAAAAAUCUUAAAGAAUAGGGUUAAAAUGAACAGAGCUAAGGAAUUAAUUUGGUCUAUGCCAGGGUUUGGCUGUAUACUCAAUUCUGAUUGGCUUCAGGUUGUCCAUUAACCCUUGUGUUGUUCUUCGGGUCCCAGUGACCCGAAGGACAACACAAGGGUUAUGUA